AUGAAGGACCAGUUGAUUCUCGUUUCCCUGCUUUCUAUGAGCCACUGCGGUCUAGCUGCCCCUGUCAUGAGUGAGGAUGUCUCUCUAGCCACUCUAUCUCAGGAUGUGAGUGACGAUGAGCUUCAUUCCAUAGCCAUCCGGACCCCGAAUGAAGCCCAUACUGUGAAAACCCACCUGGAAAAUCGGGCUUUUAGUUGCAGCCCACUGAAUGACCAGUUGAUUAGAGUUAUCAAAGACACAACUGCACAGUUAGCAUUCUUGAACAUGGGCGCUCACUUUGCAGCCGAGGUAUGCGAGCAUUAUCACUUCGACAACUGCGCAUGGUGGAUCAGUCACAUCCAAUGGGCUAUAAACUCGAUCUUUGCCAUUGCAGCGGCGCGUGGAAGAGUCAACGGCGCCGACGGCGUCUCCAUGGACCAAGAACUACAGUCCAUUGAUGUACGUAGUUUGUCCGACGCAAGCUACGCAGACACCAUCAAAGAAUGGUUGCAUGAUGAGAGAUUCAACUUUGAGACCGUGGAGGAUGUCGAUGUCCUCACAUUAACCCAUCAAAAGCGGAGCAAUGAUGAACCUGGCCUCGUGCACCGCGCAAUUGUCCGGGGUAUCAAACAAGAAGGAUAUACUCAUGAAGUUGCUUUCAACUUUUAUAGCAACGGAGGGACAGUCCUCCAUCUGGGAGCCGCUAAUCAAACGCUCGCCGCUGACCCUUCGAAUCUCAGAAAGCGAGCUGGGUUAGGGCAUGAGGGGUUCAAGAUCUCGUUUACUACGCGGCAAGGCGCGGCUCUCACAGUCGCUGAGCAGAAUGAAAUGGCUCGUUCUAUUGCCUCCGACUGGGCACAGCGUGUGUUUGCCACAGAAGAUUAUAUUGGGCUUGUCAAGGAUGGUCACAAGGCGGACUUCUACUACCGGAUUAUCCCCGAGGUGCUGGGGUUUGGUCUGAACUAUGAGAGUGUGGAUGUUUGCGGUGGUAUGGCAAGCCUCCUGUAG